ACCACAUUUGAUUUUAAAUAGGAAUAUAGAGUUAUAAGAAAUAUUUUAGUGGAAUUUGUGUUUGUAUAGCAACCGACAGCUACUAUGAAAACCUCUGUACAGCCCCGUACCAAGGCCAAAGGGAUUGGUCAGAAUCACCUAGUAGGAAUGUUUAGAACUUAGAUAACAGUUUCAUGGUUGGAUGCAGUGUUUAUGUGUAGCCUAGGAGAAUGUAUUGAGAUGUCAGAAUGUAGAAUUAAUGGGAACUGGGGAGAGUGGAAUGAAGCAACUUGUAGUUACCCGCCAAGAAACAGCGAAUGCAGGUAAAAGGUAACUCCGGCAGGGGGCAACGCGACCACAGACUCAUGUACCACCUACCCGAAUAAUACCCCAGACCCAUUUCCAGACCUUUCUAACCUUUACUGCGCAGAAUCGGAUAUGGGAGGAGAGUAUGUUAACGAUUUUCGGGAGAUACUAUGUUUAUGCAUGAAUAGUUAAUGAAUAUGUAUGAGUAAGUCCUAGAUAAGGUGUACGAUUUUGAAACUUGGUGUGCGUUGAUCGUGAGAGCACUCACUCGCGCACCCGGCCAUUAAUAAAGAAGUGUCUGCUUAUCUGCAUCACAUUGAUGUUGAUAAGUUCUUUAUUCCCAGAUUUCGGUAACACUUUCUGGCAACCCAGAUGGGACUUCGUUGAGAGAGACCGGAGGAGUCGGGGACCUGAUCGGUUCCAGCCGGCACUGAGGAUUUCUCAGGCAUACCCAUCAAUCCCCGAUCUGUAAGGCUCUUUGCGACGUUCCCUGGAUUUUGGUAAGACACUUCUUGUGUGUAAUUGUAGUAAGUGGGUUAGAGUCCCACUAAAGUAAGUGGGUUAGAGUCCCACUGUAUAUGUCUGCCUAUCAGACGUGGCGAAAGCUGCGCAGGGUUGGACAAUAGUGGAUUGCGGAGACAAGAGAAGCUAUAUGCUAUAGUGUUCUCAAAGGUAGCACCUCUAACAAGAAGUUAGAAGUUUUUCAUGUGUUAUUUUGUGGAAUUUUUUAAAUUUUCUUUGAUUGUAUACCGAGUAAGAAUUAAGGAGUGUGUAAUAUUGUGUUAUAUACCUUUAUUUAAGGUAACAAUUGUGGAAAAGUGUGAGUGUGGCUGUAAGGGUGAGACGUGCAAUUGAGCACAAAGCGAGUGUGGAGUUCGGAUCCGCGGAUCGAAGUGACAGAUUUGAGUGAUUGUAUAUUGUAUUGUAAAGUGAUUAUACCAUGGCAUCUAUGUUAACUCAUUUGUUUAAAAGUAAAAGUAUGGGUAAUCUGGCUGCAAAUGACAAAAUCCCGAAAAAUUCUCCAUUAGGAUGUUUAUUGGCACAUUGGGGAGAUUUACACGAUGAUCUGCGAAAGAGAUGAUUGAGUAUUGUAAUAAUUGGUGGCCUCUGUAUACACUGGAUGAUCAGGAAAAGUGGCCCAUGAAUGGGACACUGAAUUAUAACACUACUCUGCAGUUAAUGCUGUUCUGUAGAAGACAGGGGAAAUGGAGUGAAAUGCCAUAUGUAGAUUUGUUCUUUUACUUAAGACAGAGAAGGGAUUGGCAGAAUGAAUGCAAGCUAACUAGUGGAGAUAAUUUGAUAAUGGCUAUAACUUCUGAUAAUAAGAAAGUGAAAAAAUGUUGUUCAACUUGUGAGAUUGGAAAGGAUUGUUUGAAGAAGAGAAUUGUCUCUGAAACUGAUGAAGGACCAGAAUUAGAUACAUUCCCUCCUAGGAGAGAAAGGAAUCUGGGUCGAGAAUAUAGGGAACAGGAACAGGUGGAGGAACCAGAAAGUAGUGGAAUAGAGGAUGUGGAGGAGGGACUGUCCGAGAUUGCAAUUCGGGACCCUGUUUCCCGAAGAACUCGACAACAGGCACAAACAAUAGCUCCCCUGCGACAGAGAGUUGGUAAUAAUGGGCCAGUGUAUGUGAAAGUGCCUUUUUCAGUUAUGGACUUGAUGGCUUGGAAACAGGCAGCAGGAAUUUAUAGAGAAGAUCCUGAAAGAGUGGGCAGCGUGGUAGAUACUAUAAUCAGAACGCAGAACCCAGACUGGAAUGAUUUACAGGUGAUCCUGAAUAAUUUGUUGGAUGAUACAGAAAAGCAGAUGGUAUUAAAGACUGGCAAAGCACAGGCAGAAGUGGCUGUGUUGAGUGGAACAACAGGUGGAACAUUAGAGCAGAAUUUCCCAUCUGGGGAUCCGCAGUGGGAUCCAAAUAAUGUGGGGCACAGAGAAAGACUGAGUCGGUAUCAGAAAUGGAUUUUAUAUGGAGUUAAACAUGCCAUGCCUAAAUCUUUGAAUUGGUCUAAAUUAUAUGAAGUGAGACAAGAUAAGAAUGAAUCUCCCUCAACAUUCCUGGAGAGACUGAAGGAAGCUGCCAGAAAAUAUACUGAUUUGAGAGUGGAGACAGAGGCAGCUCAGAUACAAUUUGCUUUGAUUUUUAUGAGCCAAUCAGCACCAGAUAUAAGAAAGGAACUCCAGAAACUUGAGGGAGAAGAUUCAAGAAGUUUGAAUAAAAUGCUGGAGGCAGCAUGGAAAGUAUAUUACAACAGAGAAAAAAAAGAAAGAAAAAUCAGGAAAAGUAGAUUACUGGCCAUAAUGACAGAGAUGACAGGCAGAGGAAAAGGACAAGGGCUCAAUGGAAGGGGAGGAUUUACGAACUGUGGUAAUCGGAAUUUUAAUACCCCCUUAGGAAUAAAUCAGUGUGCCUUGUGUAGGGAGGAAGGACACUGGAAAAGGGAUUGUCCUAAAAAUAGAAAUGUUCAGCAGGAGAUAGCCAAAGUAAUGGUUUUAGAUGAUUGAAGGGGACCGGAGGGGAACCCAGCUGAGCCUCUGGUUAUAAUUAAGCUGGGAGAAAAAGAAGUUAAAUUUUUAGUGGAUACAGGAGCGACAUUUUCGGUAUUAAAUACCUGUAAAGGAAAAAUUGGAGCAAAAACAGCCAAUAUAAUAGGAGCAACAGGGAAAGAAGAAAACAGGCCAUUCCUGCACCCCCUGGAUUUGAAAUUUGGAAAUAAGAUAAUUACACAUGAAUUCUUGUAUGUACCAGAAUGUCCGAUACCCUUGUUAGGAAGGGAUUUGUUAUCCAAAUUAAAUGCACAAAUUGUUUUUGAGGAAGGAGAAUUUUUCUUGAAAAUACCAGAGUCAAAAACGGGAGAAAUCUUGAUGAUACAAGAAAAGGUAAAGGAGCAGGAAAUUCCACCAGAGGUGGAUUCUGCAGUGAUCCUACAGUAUGGGAAACAGAUAUUCCUGGUAAAUCAAAACUAGCAGAGCCUGUCAAAAUGAACUUAAAGGAAGGAGCAGGGACAGUAAAAAUUAAGCAAUAUCCAAUCAAACCAGAAGUUGGACAGGAACUAAAGAAAUUGAUUGAUAAAUUUCUGGAGUACAAAAUUUUGGAAGAAUGUGAAUCUGAGUAUAAUACUCCUAUUUUACCAGUCAGAAAACCCUCGGGUGAAUAUAGGUUAGUGCAAGACCUGAGAGCAGUAAAUCAAAUAGUUAAGGACAUUUAUCCUGUAGUAGCAAAUCCUUAUACGUUGUUAACAGCGUCAAAGGACACUUAUCAGUGGUUUACAGUGCUUGAUUUGAAAGAUGCUUUCUUUUGUAUACCUUUGGAAAAGGGAAGCAGAAAACUGUUUGCUUUUGAAUGGGAAAAUCCACAAACUGGGCAAAAGAUGCAGUUAACAUGGACAAGAUUACCCCAAGGAUUUAAAACAGUCCAACAAUUUUUGGAAACCAGCUGGCAAAGGAGCUUGAAAUCUGGAAACAGGACAAAUCAAGACCCAGACAUUUACUUUUACAAUAUGUGGAUGACAUACUGAUUGCUACAGAAGAAAGGUUUACUUGUAUACAGGUGACUAUUGACCUCUUGAAUUUUCUUGGACUAAAUGGGUACAAGGUAUCCAGGAAGAAAGCCCAAAUAGCCCGCCAGACUGUGAUAUAUCUGGGCUUCGAGAUUUCAAAAGGGCAGCGACAAUUAGGAAAAUAUCACAAAGAAACCAUUUGCAGUAUACCUGAGCUGAGAAAUACUCAUGAACUCAGAGCGUUUUUGGGAAUGACAGGGUGGUGUCGCCUUUGGAUUACAAACUAUGGGCUAAUAGCUAAACUGUUGUAUAAGGCCCAAAAGAAUUCUCCCUUUGUAUGGGGCCCACAACAGCAAAGGGCUUUUGUAGAGUUAAAACGUGCCUUAAUGUCUGCAUCUGCUUUGGGACUUCUGGAUUUAACCAAAGAUUUUCAGUUGUUUGUUCAUGAAAGACAAUGCCUUGCACUGGGUGUGUUAACUCAGAAGUCAGGAAACUGGAAAUGACCAGUCGGAUACUUCUCCAAACAACUGGACACAGUGAGUAGAGGGUGGCCAAACUGCCUUCGAGCAGUGGCGGCAACAGUAAUGCUCAUACAAGAAGCUCGGAAAUUGACCUUGCAAAGAACAAUAACAGUCUAUGUCCCACACAUGGUGAUAACUGUUUUAGAACAAAAGGGGGGACAUUGGCUGUCUCCGAGCCGAAUGAUGAAGUACCAGAUGGUACUGAACAGGAUGAUGUGAUUCUAAAGACAACUAACCUGAUAAAUCCUGCAGUGUUUUUAAGCUCCAUACAGGAAGAAGGACAACUGGAACAUGACUGCUUGGCUACUAUCGAGUAUGUUUAUUCCAGUCAUGAAGAUCUGAAGGAUUUACCAUUGGAGCAACCAGACUGGGAAUUAUAUACAGAUGGAAGCAUCUUUAUGGAGCAAGGAGUCCAAUACGUUGGAUAUGCGGUAACAACGGAUACCACUGUUAUAGAAACAAGAGCACUGGGAAAACCUUGGCUGCAAUUCAGAGUGCAGUAAUUUGGAAUAAACCUUUAUCCCUGGAAAACUCAGUGCAUGACUUUCAACCAGGAGACUAUGUUUAUUUGAAAACGUGGACCUCCGAACCUUUGCAGGAGCGCUGGAGAGGACCUUUCCAGAUACUGUUAACCACCUUUACAGCUAUCAAGAUUGCAGAAUCAGAUGAUUGGAUAAUUAUACUCAGGUGAAGAAAGCACCUACUCCAUGGAAGAUUGUUAACCAUGACCCAAAGACUUUAAAACUGACUCUGAAACAUGUCUAAUUUAUCAUAUCAGCUUCUGAUUGUUCUUUGGAUUUUAUGCUGGAAAGUAGUGCUGGUAGGAUCAUGGGCUGACUUGGUGGAUAGAAACAAAAGACAACUAGAAACAGAACAAGUGAUUAACAUUCCCAAACAAACAUUUGAGAAAUACUUGAUGUUAGGAUUGAUUAAAGGAUUUGCCAAUUUGCAGAAUGUUACGCAGAUUACUGCUUGUUUACCAAUACCAAGGACAGUAGGUGAAUCUAUUCCAUAGGGAAUUUUAACUAUGAAUCUGACCAAUCUGGAACAUAAAAAUGAGACCACUUAUUGUGAACAAAGGCCAGUAACUCAAUGGUAUGAACAAGUAAAGGUUAUCAAAAAACAGUGGAAGUCGCCAGGUAAAGAAACAGAUUGUAAAAAACCUACUGAAUUAUGAUUUUAUAACAGGAUCCUGACCUAGUGCCAUAGCUCAAGUUCUUCUUCCUGGGGGUCCAAAUCCCCAGUAGGAUGGUGUUCAUAUGACAACCAACUUAAAACCAAUGUGAGCAAAAGUAUCAUGGAAUGGAAGUGUAACAAAAAUGGCCAAGGUACGUAAUUAGUAGAACAAUGGGGCUCUAUAUGGUCCAUGUCCAUAUUUUCUCAAUUUCAGUACAUGGCCAGAACUCCUUGGUGUUUUACCUGUGAUGGAAAAGAUUUUGCAGUUUUACUCUCACUCAAUGAUAAAGCAACUUCAUUUAGAGAGAAGGAGAAUAAAAUAGUGCCAUGGUGGAAAUGUGAAAGGGUGUACGAUUGCAGCAAUGCAGACUUAAUAAUUCAAAGAAUUCCUCCUUUGGCAGCUGCUUUAAAAUAUGGUUGUUUUUGCCGAGGUCUUAAGAAUACUCUCAAUUUAUCCAGCACAUUUACACCCAGGAAAGGAACUCUGUUUAGUUGCAGAAAAUCUACCAUUCAAAGUCCAGGACAUUUAGUUUGGGCAUUAAGUGAUGGAACCUGGACAACUCAUUUACCAUUAGAUGGUAAGGUAAAACAAAUUACUUUAGGCAUGCCAACAUUGUGCCCGAUUUGGAAGAAAUCACCAUUUAAAGGAUCCUUGGAAAGUUUAAAAUUAAAACGAACCAAGAGGUCUGAUACAAAUGAUAAUACUUGGAACGAACCAUCAACAGGAGUAAAAAUUGGCUGGGCUCUUGAAUCACUUUUGAAUCUUACAGCCUCGUAUAGAAACAGAGAAUGGCUUUAUCAGUUAACAGGUCAGGUAGAAAAGUUAAUAAACAUCACCAAGAAAGGGUUUAAGGAAUUGAAUAUACAGUUACAGGCGACUUCCAAGAUGACUUUACAAAAUAGAAUGGCAUUAGAUAUGCUCCUACUUAAAGAGCACGGGGUAUGUGGAUAUCUCAAGGAUAAAUUGGACUACUGCUGUAUUCAUAUUCCAAAUGUCACUCAAGAUGUGGAGCAUGAUCUGGAGUUACUAGGAAAAACUGAAAAGGAAACAGAAUCAAUUUGAGAAAAUAUGUCAGGAGAUUGGCUGAGAAAAAUUUUUAGCAAAUUAGGAUGGAAUCUAAGCUCUUGGAUAAUCAAAAUUCUGUUUCUGUUACUAAUUGUCUUUCUGAUGAUCAUGCUGCUAUACGCCUGUCUGAAGAAACAACUUACCAACAGAAUUGCAGUUCAUCGCAUGAUCAUGAGAGAAGUACCAAUUAUUCCAUGAGGAUACAGUCCACCACCAAAAUAUGCUGAAACAAAUGCUAUGUAAAUAAUGUGAAAGUAUUGAAAUAAUUUUCAACACUUUCAAAGGGGGGAAAUGUUACAUAUCUGCUAUUAGUUUGAAUUAAUUAACCAUAUUUGAUUUUAAAUAGGAAUAUAGAGUUAUAAGAAAUAUUUUAGUGGAAUUUGUGUUUGUAUAGCAACCGACAGCUACUAUGAAAACCUCUGUACAGCCCCGUACCAAGGCCAAAGGGAUUGGUCAGAAUCACCUAGUAGGAAUGUUUAGAACUUAGAUAACAGUUUCAUGGUUGGAUGCAGUGUUUAUGUGUAGCCUAGGAGAAUGUAUUGAGAUGUCAGAAUGUAGAAUUAAUGGGAACUGGGGAGAGUGGAAUGAAGCAACUUGUAGUUACCCGCCAAGAAACAGCGAAUGCAGGUAAAAGGUAACUCCGGCAGGGGGCAACGCGACCACAGACUCAUGUACCACCUACCCGAAUAAUACCCCAGACCCAUUUCCAGACCUUUCUAACCUUUACUGCGCAGAAUCGGAUAUGGGAGGAGAGUAUGUUAACGAUUUUCGGGAGAUACUAUGUUUAUGCAUGAAUAGUUAAUGAAUAUGUAUGAGUAAGUCCUAGAUAAGGUGUACGAUUUUGAAACUUGGUGUGCGUUGAUCGUGAGAGCACUCACUCGCGCACCUGGCCGUUAAUAAAGAAGUGUCUGCUUAUCUGCAUCA